CAGAUGAAUGUGUGGACCUGUAUCUUACAACUGGGAGACAGAUGGAGAUAAACACACAAGCACUGCCACCCCACUCUCCUCUACAUUUCCCCAGAAAUAAUUCAGAAGCUCUGCCUCUUUCCCCUUCUCUUCCACAGUCUGCAUCCCUCCAUUCCUCCCAUCUCCUCUCUUCAUCCAGCCCGCGGGUCUCUGGAGGCUCACACUGCCUCAGCCCCUCCACAGCACCUGAGCAGGAUGACCUGACCUGCCUCAACUGGCUGCAUCAAAGAGGGAAUCUAUUGCCCCUACAACCUUUGCCUAAAAUCAGCACACUGCCCCAGACGUUUGAGCCCAUUCCUGCCCAACAUCUGCCAUCAUCCCCGGCCAAACCGCCGUACUCUUUUAGCAGUCUCAUCUUCAUGGCAAUAGAAAACUCGCCUGAGAAGAGCCUCCCCGUGAAGGGUAUUUAUGAGUGGAUUGUGGAAAACUUUCCCUAUUAUAGAGAGGCUCCAGGUGGAUGGAGGAACUCUGUCCGACACAACCUGUCCUUGAGCAAGAGCUUCCAACGAAUACAUCGAGACAAGAGUCAAUCAGUUGGAAAAGGCUCAUUAUGGCGCGUUUGUCCAGAAUAUCGUCCCGCUCUUCUGGAAGUUCUCAGAAAAACACAUUAUUGUCAUCGUACAAACAGAAGCUUGUUGAACAAGCCUGUUUUGUUGCAGGCGACUGAUAAUGGGCAGAACAUGUUUAGUGAUACCAUGGAAAUGUCAGAUCUAGAUUCUCUGUCUUCAAACCCACCGUGUUCAUUUACACCUGAUCACGAAGAGCUCGUUCCCAUGGAGUCUGUGGGACUUCCUGAAGUCACUGGCGAGGAUUCAGAGAAGGAUCCACUGGCUGACAGUGGGUACAUUGAGUUACACUACUAUCAGUAUCAGCAGUAUCAGUACCUGGUUCUUCCAGGAGACACUGAGUUGGACCUGGAGACGGUUGAGAUCCUGCAGCUCGAUGCAGAGGCUCAGGAGGCCGCAGGGUCACUGCUCGACCUCGCAGGGGGAAACCAUUAAGAGGUGACCUGUGUGUGCAAGUACAAGCAAGAAGAGUUAAUGGCGAGAAAACUCUACCCCAGCAAACAAUUUUGUGUUAAAUAGACGUCUAAAAGACAAAGCUAAACUUAGACUUUCAGUGAAAAUCUAACAGACAUCUAAGAAUAGCCCAAAACCAGACUAGUCGUCAAAUAGACAGAUUAG